AUGGUUCAGGAACAAUCGGCGUUGAAGACGUCACCGCCGGAGAAGCUUUCGGGUUUUGAAUGGUGGAGACGCUCGUUGCUGUAUAGAACAGGCUUGGGCAUGUCUGAUGACGAAAAGGCUCAGUUUGAACACGACUACAGAGAGAAACACAUGAAUACCAACUGUGAACUGUGUGAUGAGAAUAGAGACUGGAUGCUCCGAUACUCACCGAGUGUCAGAUUCAUGAUGGAUCAUGUCAAUAAACUUGGAGGCAACUUGAGCACGCAGAACAUUAUUUGUGACAAAUGUGACGAUCUCAAAGGUGGGGGCUUCCAUCCAAAGUAUGGUAUUUUGUUGUGCUCAAACUGGAUUCAGGACAAGUGGCAACUCGAGGACGUCUUGACCCAUGAGCUUGUUCAUGCGUAUGACCAUUUGAAGUUUAAGGUUGACCUUACAGAUUUGAAGCAUCAUGCUUGUACAGAAAUACGUGCUUCUAUGCUUAGCGGGAAUGCAGAAUCAUGA